AUGAAUGGUGUCACAGAAAGACUGCUCGUCUUGAGCGUCCCAAUUUUAGUCAGCCUCUUCUUCAUCACAAAUGGACGAACAAUAAAGAGGACAGGCGAUAACUCCAACUGGUGCUGUGAGAUAGAACCAGAGAGCACGUCAUCCAAUUUUACCUCGAUAGAAAUACAACAGUUUACAAAGAUAAUAUGGGAGGAGGUAGAUGUUCCUCUUCAUCAUUGUGCAGACGGUGAAGAGUCGACUGUUGGACCUAUUGGGGUGUUCUGCCAGGGCACAAGGAACGUUUCCAGGAUGGUGGUUACAUACAAACAAGUACCGGUGGUGAAGCCUAUUGUACAACAGGGUGUGUGUCCAACGGAACACCUCGUGUGCUGUGACGGAUACGUCAAACAUCAGGACCAGUGCCUUAAAUCCUCUUCCAUUGAUUCACUGCAAGCCCUCAUCGACGCAGGAUUAAUUGGAUAA